ACGAGGCGUAUACGUAUUCUCCGUGUUUCAAUAAUAAUAAUCCCGACUAAAUCUACAAUGGCGGCUAGUAAAGUACCCGAAUGGGUGAAUGCGGAACUCUUUGAGGAUGUUCUUAAGUCCACCGUGGAGGGUUACUCAAAAGUGAGGAAUUUUAAGGCGGACAGUGGUUCCGCUGCCGGCGACAACUACGCCACCAUUAUGCUACGAGUUAGCAUCGAAGUGGAGCUGCAAGAUGGUACAAUCAAACAGGUGUCCUACAUGGUCAAGUUGCCCCACCAGCUGGAGGUGUACAAGGAGAUGAUGAAGCACACGAAUAUCUUCGAAAUCGAACGUACCAUGUACAAUGAGGUUGUUCCUGAGAUGGAGGCACUUUACAAGGCGGCCGGUGUGGAGGUUACCUUUGGAGCCAAGAGCUACGAUCUGAAGAAUGCCAAGAGCGAGUACAUAGCUCUGGAGGAUCUGUGCACCAAGGGCUUCAAGAAUGCCAAUCGUCUCGAGGGACUCGAUCAAGCGCACACGGAGAGGGUUCUACGGAAAUUGGCCCAGUGGCAUGCUGCGACCGCCGUGCGAGUGGCCACCAAGGGGCAGUAUCCGGAAAUCGUGCUGAAGGGAUUCUUCAAAGAGGAAAACAAGCCGAUGAUGAACGAAAUGAUGAACGGCAUGGGACAGAUAUUCCUCAAGUGCUGUGCCACCUACGAAGGUAACGAGGCGUACAUAGAAAAAGUGAAAGCUCUGAAGGCAGUGAUAAUAGACGAAAUGUUCCGGCUGGGUGAAGUUGAUCCAACGGAUUUCAAUGUGCUGAACCACGGCGACUCCUGGUCAAAUAACAUUAUGUUCCAAUACGAUGAAUUUGGUAAAAUCAAUGAGGUCUAUAUGGUAGACUAUCAGGUCUCUAAGUACGGAUCUGUUGCUCAGGACCUGCUCUACUUCCUGAUCUCUUCCACUAAGCUGGAAGACAAAUUGAGCAAAUUCGAUUACUAUAUUAAGGUGUACCAUGAUAAUCUGGUGGAACAUCUAAAUAUUCUGAAAUAUUCAAAGCCAGUGCCAAGUCUGCGAGACAUACACAAAGUGCUAUUCAAAGUAUGGUAUUUUCGCUUAUUCCGUGGCCACAGGUGUAAUGGCUGCCGUUCUUGUAGAUCCCACCGAAAGCGCCAGUUUUGAGAACUUUAUUGGCGACUCUGCCGAGGGAGUGGACUUCCAAAUGCAAAUGUACAACAAUGCGCGCUACCGAAAACACAUUCAGGUGAUUCUGCCCUGGCUGCUAAAUCGCGGAGCUCUGGAUAUCAAUUAGUAAAAGUGCAUACCCUUCCCUAACUCAUUCCUCUUGAAAGUAUUAAACAAAAUAAAUAUAAAUAACAGCGUUUUUAAAGCGUUAGAUAUAAAUAUUUACCAAAAA